GAUAAAGGUCUGGUCAUCUUGAGCGGUCCUAGCAGCCAAGAAUCAUGCGUUGGGGGCAUCACCAACGAGGAUCAACGCGUCUACUUGCAUCGUGAUCCAAUUCCACCGUUCGGGGAUGAUUCAGCCUCGGUUGAUAGUCAGUCGAGCUUGCCGAGUCAACCGUCAGGACGGAUAAGCUGCUCACAAGGCGAACUCGGGCCUCAAAAGCGAAAGAGAGAUAAAAUGAACCUGGCAUCAUGGUUUCUUAACAAUGUUGCUGGGGCAUCAAGCCCAGGCAUUGGUGGAGGCGGAGCAAAUGUUGGGACUCCGGAGACCGGCUGCCAGGCCGCCAAUCUGUCCAGUCCUUCUACGCAAGUCUCGGCCUCAACUGCAAGUUUGCAAAGUGUUGACCCAUCGACAGGGUCGGGUGAGAUUGAAGCAAACCGCUUAUUUGGGCGUCAACCAGAGCUUCUUUGGCCAAAUGGUCAGCUGCCAUUGUCGAUUCUGGUAUGA